ACUCUCUUUACAAAACUAAGUAUACAAGGGAAAAGUAGACAUUCACAAAACAAAACUUAACAAAACGCAGAAACACGAUACUUAAAAUUAAGCAAUGUUCCAACCGGAGUAUGAAAAACGACUGCUUCAGGGAUUAGGGAUACCGGGAGCCAGUGGGCGAGAGCACGUGGACUUACGCUGCAUUCCUUCACGCGCCAGGAAUAACUGGGAACGAAACUAUUAUUUGACGGCUGAUCCGAACCCGGUUAUUGCGGAACAGUUGCACAGUUCCCCAUAUGCAUGUCUGCUGCGAAAUGAGUUGCUGGACUCUGAAGUUUCCUCAAUUGAUGAUUGCAAGCGCAGUAAAAACAUUCUUUUGGAUACGGGUGAUUUCACAGAAAAGGAAAACAUACGCGUUUUCGGAUAUGGAAAUUACACUCCAUCGAAUAAGACCGCGCGCCACCCAUUCUCAAGGAUUAGCGAAGCCAGUCGUAGGCUACUUUGCAGUCCAACUAGUGCAGUCCGCCGGGUAACUCGCCUGCCGUAUAAGGUUCUUGACGCCCCUGAGCUACAGGACGACUUUUAUUUAAACGCCCUGGAUUGGUCGUCGAAGGACAUACUCGGUGUUGGCCUUGGAUGUUCUCUUUAUCUUUGGAGUGCAGUAGACUCCCAGAUAACACGCCUUUGUGACCUUAGCGACGAAGACAAUUUGAUAACAGCUGUGAAAUGGCACAGCGGAGGAAAGGAGCUAGUUGUUGGCACAAAUCAUGGCUCCGUAGCCAUUUGGGAUGUCGACCAGGAAGCUUCCUUGGUCUUAGACCAAGAAGCAGAUUUCUGAGCCACUUCAUAAGUUUACCGCUCAUAAUGCUGCCGUGAAGGCACUGGGCUGGUCUCCUCACAAGUCUGUCCUCUUGGCUAGUGGCGGAGGUACCGCCGAUCGUUGCCUCGCUUCUGGAACGUGAUUAGCGGUCAGAUGGGACAAUCUGUUGAUACCGGAGCACAGAUCAGUAAUUUGGCAUGGUCGCGAAAUUCAGCUGAACUUGUUACCACUCAUGUGUUCGGACAACCACAGUGAUAUAUCUAGCUGUAAGCCCAGACGGCAAGUCAAUAGUAACGGGCGGCGGUGACGAGACUCUUCGCUUCUGGAAUGUAUUUACCGAAUGAAAGCAGCCUCAGGCGCCACGAUCAGCACUUAGCCUUUUCCCCAACAUACGAUAAUGUCCUAAAUUCUAAAAUAUCAAAAACUGUAUCGCAAAUUUUAAUGAAAUUCUUUAUCACUUUCCAUUUCCAUUAUCAGUUCCAUAUCUUAUUGCUAACAAAAAUAGAUUAUCAAUGGUUA